AUGGGACGAACUGCGCUGACGAAGACCAGCAGUGGCUAUGGGCUCUACACGCAGGUCAAUCUCUCACCGGGUCUGCCCCCGAAGGGCCUGAUGGCAACUCCAAAGCCGAAAGGUUUCACCCUGUUGCUCAUCUCCACUGUCUACGUGGUCACCCUUGGUCCUCUCCUCUUUGGCUACCACUUGGGAGAACUCAAUGCCCCUCAGAAGGUCAUUACCUGCCAAGUCGACCAACUCCCCGGAUAUGUAGCCCUCGGACUUCCUCAAUGCAUUCCCAUGAACGACUUCCAAUGGGGUAUGGUGCAGUCCAUGUUUACCGUCGGUGGUCUCUUCGGAGCGCUCUUCAGCGGUGCCGUCGCGACAAAGUUCGGUCGAUUGUUUGCGUUGAGGUGGGCAACCUUUUUCCUGGCUGGCGGACCUGUUGCUGAAGCACUGGCGGGUAAACUAUGGCUGCUGGCCCUGGGUCGUGCACUCUCUGGAUUGGGAGCCGGUGCAGCCACUGUCGUGUCUCCCAUCUAUAUCUCCGAAGUGGCGCCCCCAAAGCGCCGUGGCCUCUUCGGAGCCUUCACUCAGGUCCAGAUCAAUUCUGGCAUCGUUGUCGCCCAACUCCUCGGCUAUUUCUUGUCCAAAUCCAACAAAUGGCGCUGGGUGCUGGCCACGGGCGGUUUCAUUGCCGGUCUCAUGUUUGUGGGCCUCUUUUUCACGCCAGAAACUCCCAAAUGGCUUGCAGCAAAUAAUCGACCGCGAAUGGCCCGCGGAAUCCUGCAGCGCCUCAGAGGGAAAACGGCGGAUAUUCGAGAGGAGAUGGAGGGCUGGGACAUGUCAGGAGAAGCAGAAGAGGAAAGUCUCCUUGCGUCCCCGAGAGGUGCGCGGCCACUCAAAGAAGCAGCCCGAUCUAUCAUUGCAGUCGUCAAAAUGCCCAAGUAUCGACGACCCUUGAUUGCCGUGACGGGUACCAUGAUUGCUCAACAGCUCUGUGGUAUCAACAGCGUCGUCAUGUACAGCGUCGCCAUUCUGGGCAAGGUCAUGCCCAAGCACGCUGGCCUCGUCACGGUCAUCGUCUCAAGUGUAAAUGUGGUGGUGACAAUCUUGGCAGCGCCUUUGCCUGACAAAAUUGGCCGAAAACCCUGCCUCCUGAUUUCGAUUAUAGGGAUGGGUGCGGCAUCAGGGAUGUUGUACGCCGGGCUCGCAAAGCACAUUCAAGCCCUCACGAUCGUUGCCGUUGCACUAUUCGUGGCCAGUUUUGGUGUUGGGCUUGGACCGAUUCCGUUCAUCUUAGCAAGCGAACUUGUCGGACCUGAAGCCGUUGGGGCUGUUUCUAGCUGGGCACUUGCGGCCAACUGGCUAUCAACAUUCUUGGUGGCCAUGUUCUUCCCUGUCUUGAACAAGGUCCUUACGCACAACGUGUGGUGGAUUUUUGUGGGUGUUGCUGUUUUUUGGGCUAUAUUUGUGGUUGUGUUUGUGCCCGAAAGCAAAGGCAAGGCCAAUGCGGAGGAGGUGUGGCGGAAAGGUCGCUGGUGCUGA